AUUUUUAAUCUUUCAAUAUAUUGAACUAUUUGUUACUAAUUUUUAAAUCUGGCGGCGGCGGGAUGUCAGUUAGAUGCAGAUGGUUACGAAAAUUACCUUAUUUUUAUUAAUAGUAUCAUAAUUUUGUUCUUACUAUUAAUUUCAGUUUCUUUUAGCAUUAAAUUUUCAAGUAUUAUAUAUUCUGCCUUCAAAUUGACUUCUUUAUUACUUCUGAAAGAUAACGUUUAUUUGCGGAUUUUUUUGCUUAAUGAAAAUGAUUAAAAAAAUAAAAGAUGAUUGAUACAAAUCGACUAAAAGCCAGUUUAUUAAAUAUUGGUUUUGCUAGACCAAUUGGUCGUUGGAAAUCAAUUUUAAAAUGUAUCAAAAUAAUUUUUGUAGUUAUUUUAUUUGUAAUAGUAUUCAAUAUUAUUCUGGUAAAUCGAAAAAACCUUUCAAAAUCUAAUGAUAAUAGACACUCACCAUAUUUUUCAACAGAAAAUAUAAAAUAUAUAUCUAUUGAAGUAAUAUCAAGUCAUCAGCAAGUUUCUAUUUCUGUUGAUGAAGCUACUGUUAUAGAAAACAAUGAUAAAUUUCAAGGUAGAGGUAUUCAUAUUGUUGUAUUAAACCAACAAACUGGUAUGGUCAUGGCUCAACGAAUUUUUGAUACAUAUAUGACUCAUGAAGAUGAAGCUAUGGUUUCAUUUUUAGACAUGGUAUCCGAAGGAAGAAUCAUUAUUUUUUCAAUUAAGGAUGAAGGUUCUUUUCAUUUAAAAGACACCGCUAGAAAAGUAUUAAAAGAAUUAGGAUCUAACAAAUUUCAAACUCUUGGAUGGAGAGACAUGUGGGCAAUAGUUUUACAAAAAGGUGUACGUAUUUAUGGGGAAGGUUACAGUAAAAACCCAUCACAUAGUUCAUGGGGUGCUGAUGUUCAAUUAAGAGUUGAUGUGCCUUUAACUUCAUAUAAGAUUCAUCAAUGUAAAUGGCCUAAUAGUGAAGAAAAUAUUCGUAGAAAACAUUUUUGUAAUAAUAUUGAAGGAUAUGGUAAUAUUUGUGUCUGCAAUAAUCCUGAUCCGCUUACUUUUUUUCCUCCUGCGCUAGAAGACUCUAACUUACAAAAUGUUCCUGUAUCAAUUAUAGCUAGUAACAGACCACAUUACUUAUUCAAAAUGUUAAAAGGAUUACUUCAAAUCAAAGGAGUACAAACUGACAUGAUCACUGUUUUUAUUGAUGGUUACUAUGAUGAACCUAUGGAAGUAACCAAAUUAUUUGGCUUACGAGGAGUACAGCAUAUGCCAGUGGGAGCAAAAAAUGCCAGAAUAACGCAACAUUAUAAGUCUUCAUUAACAGCUACAUUUAAUCUGUUCCCUGACUCUGAAGUUGCUAUUAUUAUUGAAGAAGAUUUAGAUGUAUCUAAGGACUUUUUCGGAUUUUUUAGUCAAACUGUGAAUCUCUUAAAGCGUGAUAAUAGUUUAUACUGUAUAUCUGCUUGGAAUGAUCAAGGUUAUCAACAUACUAGCUUUCAAUCAGAUGUUUUAUACAGAGUCGAUUCAAUGCCAGGAUUAGGAUGGAUGUUAAAGAAAUCUUUGUUCAAAGAUGAACUUGAAUCUGAAUGGCCAACUGUAGAAAAGAUGUGGGACUGGGAUAUGUGGAUGAGAUUACCACAAGUUCAAAAAGGUAGAGAAUGUAUUGUUCCAGAAGUAUCAAGAACAUACCAUUUUGGUUCUUCGGGUAUUAAUAUGAAUUCAUUUUUCCAAGAAGUUUAUUUUAGGAAUCAUGCAUUUAAUACCAUUGAAGAUGUUAAAUUUAAAGAUUUAAAUAAAUUAACUAAAAAUGAAUAUAAAAUAAUGCUUGAGGAAAAAAUUUCAGUAGGUUAUAUUCUUGAUCACCAGAAAUCACCUUGUGAUAACGACUUUUUACCUUAUAUAAAGAAUAAAACAUUGAUUCUUUACAUUUCACUGAUGAAUUUAAAAGAUACCUCUACAUGGAGUUCUGUUGCAAAGUGUUUAAAAAUUUGGGAUUUGGACACAAGAGGACACCAUAAAGGAAUGUGGAGAUUAAAUUUAAAAGGCCGUGAAUUAUUUGUAAUUGGAUGUCCAUAUUCUUAUUUUUGUAAAUUCAAGCCCUCCAACAUAACUAUUAUCAGUUAUAGUAUUCAAAAUUAACUUUAAAUUAUGUACACAAUUUAAAGGAAUCAACUAACUUGAACUUCAAAAUUAUGCAAAAUUUUAUUUUAUAUAGGAAAAUAGCAUUUUUUAAUGGUCAAUUUUUUAAAUGUCAUAAUAUUACUCCUUAAAUAAAAGUACCUAAUUAAACUACUUUAUUUAUUAUAUAAUAAACUAAUUAUUUAUAUAAUAAUAUUUU